AUGGCAAGAGAUAAUGUUGAUUUGAAGUUGAAAAGGGCUCUAGAAGCCAAAAUUAAACUGGAACAAGAUAGACUGAGGAAAUUGGAGGAGAAAAGACAGAAAAGGGAAGAACGGAGGAAAAAUGCAACAGAGGUUGCAGCAAGUAAGAGGAAACAGGAAGAGAUUGAGAGGAGAGAGAGAGAAGAAAAGCGGAAGAGGAGAUUGGAAGAAGCACGGAAACAGCAGAGGGAAGUUGAGGAGCGACUUCGUGCAGAGAUGGAAGAAAAAGAACAGAAGCGCAAAGUUCUGGUUGAAUAUGGGCGAAUUCGGAAGGCAAUGGAGGAAGAGGCAAAGAAGCAGCGCCGUAUAGACAAAAAAAAGGAAGCUGCUGAGCGCAGACAACGGAUAGAGGAUGAUGCAAAACAAAUUUGCAUGAAAUCUAACAAAUAUGCAUCAAAGGAUGCAAAACGCAUGGAAGAAGUCCACCAGCAUAAAGAACCAACACUUCAGAUUCAAAAGGAAUAUGCUGCAAAGGUGUUAAGCAUGUCAACUAGAUAUGAAACAGAAGCGCAAUCAAUGUUGGUCGGUGAGGCUACUUCAUAUGAAAUAUCAUCUUAUGAAGAUUCAGAGGAAGAGGACAACAAUAAUGAUUUUGCUCCAGGGAAAGUCGUGCCAACAUGGACAAGGACAGAGAAUUUGAUUCCACAAAUCAUUAGUCAACAAUAUAUUGAUCCUGAUGAGAUAUUUGGUAUUGCAAAAUUUUUCAAUUUAAAUGAAGUUUUUGAAUCUAAUGGGUCACAUGAAACGAGAGAUUUCAAGCGGCGUAGUUAUAGCGGGGAAUCGCUUCAUGACACUUUCACAGAGGAAGAAGAGUAUCUAUACAAGUUGCGGAUGGGAUACAUCUGA